AUGUCUGCGCAGCCAGCAACCACCACAAUUGAGCUCACACAGAAGGAGGAUCAACUCAAAGACUUGCUUCUUGAUACUGCCAAAUAUGUCAACAAUUCACAGCCAUCAGCCCAACCCGUCAUCCUGCGAUGGGCCGGCGGUUGGGUUCGCGACAAGCUACUUGGCAUUGAGUCCCAUGACAUUGAUACAGCUGUUAAUACUAUGACUGGCGAAGCCUUUGCUUUAAAGAUAUGCGAGCUUUGCGAGAAGCCUGAGAUAGCAGAGAAGCAUCGAAUUACCAGUGCCGACAUAGGCAGCUUGCAUAAAAUUGCAAAGAACCCAGACAAGUCGAAGCAUCUUGAGACGACUACCAUCAUGCUCUUCGGGUUUGACGUUGACUUUGUCAACCUACGUAAGGAGACCUAUACCGAGGACAGUCGCAACCCACAGAUGGAGUUUGGCACCGCCGAAGAAGAUGCGCUACGUAGAGACGCCACUGUCAAUGCCUUAUUCUAUAACCUCAACACAGGCAGGGUCGAAGACUUCACGAGCGGGCUCAAAGAUAUGAAGGCCAAGCUGAUCAAAACUCCACUGGAACCAUUUCAAACAUUUAUGGAUGACCCUUUACGGGUUUUACGACUUAUUCGGUUCGCUAGUCGACUAGGAUUCACGAUCGAUCGUGCAGCUGAGGAGUGCAUGAGUGAUGUGAAGGUACUUGAGGCUCUCAAGCUGAAAAUCAGCCGUGAGCGGGUGGGCGUGGAAAUUGAAAAAAUGUUAAAAGGAAAUGACCCUAGGAGAGCGCUACAAUAUAUCAAUGACUUGGGUCUGUAUCACACCAUCUUCACGGACCCCUCUAAGUCAAGUAUGCCCUUACCUGAUCUAUCUCGGUGGCAUACUGUCUACGAAUGCCUCAGUUACCUGUCCAGUAAUGAGGCGCACGAAUCUAUCUCGACGGCCCUCGUCCAGACUGAGGAGGCUUCAUAUUACGCCUGGACGCUGGCUGCGCUCGCUCCCUGGGAGCUCGCCGACGAACCUAAACGUAACGGCAAAGGAAAACCUCCACCUCCACUUAUUACUUUGGCGGCACGUGAGGGGAUAAAAGCCCCGAAUAGGCUAUGCGACGUUGUCACUGCAGCACACAAAAAUAAAGCAGAUAUCCUUGCUCUGAAAACCGCGGUCGUUCAAAAAGAAUCUUGUAUCAACGAGCGUGAUCGGUUCGGUAUGGCUAUACGACACUGGGAUGCCAGAGGAGGCUACUGGCAGCUCCAGGUCCUGUUCAGCCUUCUUGUCGAGGCGAUGCAGCGUUGGGAGGCCAGCAGUACAAGCUCCAAAAACAAUGACAAUUUCUUGGGCGAGUGGCAGUUAUUCAUAGAUCAUCUUCGAGAAUUAGACGUCAUGGAUGCUCCUUCAAUGAAGAAACUCAUUGACGGUACCCAGCUUGCUAAGGCCUUGGGUGUUAAGCCGGGCAAGUGGAUGAUGGGAGCACUGGAGUUUUGUGUUGCUUGGCAACUCCGUCAUCCUAACGCAACAGAUCCAUCUGGAGCUGUUGAAGAGGUCAACAAAAGAAGAAAUGAAUUAGACAUACCGCCUAGCUGA